UUUUCCCAACUCUCUCUCUCUUUGUCUCUCUCUCUCUCUCUCCCUCACCUUUUCAUUUUGCAGACAAGAACUGAAGGGUUUCAAUCUCUUGGGGUUUAUCAAUCCUUAAGGAAGUUACUCAAGUAUGAAGGUGUUCUUGGGUUUUAUAAAGGGAAUGGAGCUAGUGUUAUCCGGAUCAUUCCUUAUGCAGCAUUACAUUUCAUGACAUAUGAGCAGUAUCGCAAUUGGAUUCUGAAUAACUACUCUUCUUUAGGAUCAGGGCCUGUGGUCGAUCUAUUGGCUGGUUCAGUUGCUGGAGGAACAGCAGUUCUAUGCACAUAUCCUUUGGAUUUGGCUCGAGCUAAACUUGCUUAUCAGAUCGGGGGCACUAGAGGAACUUUUGGUUGCCAAUUGAAAAGUAUUUAUCCUCGACCUCCAUACAGUGGCAUAAGUGGUACACUCUUAAAUGUAUACAAAGAAGGAGGAGCACGUGCACUAUAUCGGGGCAUAGGUCCAACACUCACUGGAAUUCUUCCUUAUGCUGGCCUAAAGUUCUAUAUAUAUGAGGAAUUGAAGAGGCAUGUUCCUGAAGAACAUCAAAAGUCCAUUUUGAUGCGUCUUUCUUGUGGAGGCCUUGCAGGGUUAUUUGGGCAAACCUUUACCUAUCCAUUAGAUGUAGUUAGGAGACAAAUGCAGGUUGAAAAUCUGCAACCUUCAACUCAAGGCAGUGUGAGAUACAGAAACACAAUUGAGGGGCUUACCACUAUUGUCCGUAAUCAGGGAUGGCGUCAGCUAUUUGCUGGGCUGAGCAUUAAUUAUAUCAAGAUUGUUCCUUCUGUGGCAAUUGGAUUCACUGCGUACGAUACGAUGAAGAUUGGCUUCGGAUACACCAGGCGGAGAUCAGAAUCAGCUGCAUUAAUUCUGACUUAAGGACCUUUUUUAUCACAUUUUUUUGAAAUUGGCUUUUCUUAUUUCUUUGAUUGAUCAAAGCCAUGAAAAUGUCAAUUUCUUUCUAACUACUAGGAUUUUUUUUUUUUUUUUUUAUUGUUU